UUUCGGUGUCGACUUGUCAUUUUUUUAGCUUAUUUAUUUAUUGUAAAAAGCAAGGAUAAAUUGCACUUGGCUUGGGAGAUAAAAUUAACAAAAGAUAUGAAAUAUAAUAUAAUUUAACUUUGCAUAAUGUUUGCUGAUGGUUACAAGUUCUGGUUAGCUUUCAAGACUGAUAAGACCAAUUACUACAGAUGCAGUCGUUAUCCUUCAUCAAAAUGUCCUGGAAGGUGUUAUGUCGACAAAAAUGGAAAAGUGAAACACACAACAGAACAUAAUCAUCCUCCUGAACCAAAUCGGCUGCUCUUAGAUAAAUUCAGAAAAUCUUUAACACGCAGAGCGGAAAAGGAAACUACUGAACUUUUUAAAAUUUACUGUGACGAGGCAAGCAAACACGUAGAUGCCGCGCUAUUGUAUCCUUUUGCUGCCGCUGAAUCAGCAAUGAGAAAAGCAAGACGGAAGCAAUUGCCAGAUUGUCCAGACACUGUUAAAGAUGUUGUUGAAACACUAGACCAUAAUCAAGAUUUAUUUCGUGUUCAUAGUGGUUCAGAUAGAGACGCACUUUAUCAGAAAACUAUAUCAAUUGACGAUUGUGUUUGCAUGAUUUUUAUGCAUCGUAAGACAUUUGAUUUAUUUCGGGGAAAAAUAGAAGAAUUACAUGUAGACGGAUCUUUUGAAUUUGUUGCACAAAAUCAUCCUACUUAUCAUUUAAUAACAUUUUAUGCUGUACUGGGUCAUAUUACGGCUCCAGUUGUAUAUUCCAUUUCUACCGCAAAAUCACAAGCAGCAUGUUCCACAAUAUUCGCUUACUUAAGAGAUGAUUUAAAAAUACGUCCAAAAAUUUUGAUUUGUGAUUUUGAUCCAAUACUACAGACUUCAUUAUCCUAUAUUUAUCCAGAUACUGUUAUUAAAGGAUGUUGGUUUCAUUACACUGAUGCAGUUUUAAGCCAAAUGAAAUUGUUAAAGCUAAAAAAAGAAACUGCCAAGGGAAUUGGCGCAAGUGCUUUAAAAAUGUUACUGGUGUUACCUUUGCUACCACCGGAAUAUAUGGUGCCAGGUUUGGAGAGUACAAGGAAAUGGAUGGAAGAAAAGACAAUAUUUUCAGAGGGCCUAUCAAAUUUAUGUGAUUAUGUUGAAAAUCAUUGGUUGAGAGCUGUUGGUACGAAAAAAAUGUCAAUUUUUGGAACAACAAGAAUAUCAUCAAAUCAUUUGAAAAAUUUUAAUAAAGAAUUAAGCAAUACUAUAGGUCAACAAAAACCAGUAAUUUGGGUUAUUCUGGAUUCUUUAACACAAAUAGCAACAAAGAUAUUUGUUAAAACUUCUAGAAAAAUUAAAAAUUUUAAAAAUGCAGCUCAUUUAAAAACUAUUUCUACCAAAGAUUUUGACACUUCUAAACAACCUACGAAGCUUCCGGCUAAAUCUUUAAAACGAAAUGAAUUGAUCUCAGAAACUGUAAUAUCCAGGGCAACGCAAGUCUGGAUAAAAACACCAGUGCAUUUACGGAAUCCAUUAGUUUUUCUCCAAUUAGCAAGUCACUGCAUAAAUGACACUGUAUACUUGGAGACAUUGUCAGAUAUAAAAGAAAGAUAUUUGCAUCCUAUUACGACUCCACCUGCCACUGUUAUAUCAAACAUAAUUGUGUCAACUGCCAACUCAAAUGUCUCUAGUUCGCAAAAUAAUGCUAUAGAACCAAUUUCAACUCAGUCAAUCAUAACAUCUCAAACAGAUUCUUUAACUUCGUUACCAACACAUUCAUAUUCAACAGGUACUUGGAAUACGGCUACCCACCAGGACGUUUUACAAAAUUGUGACAGUCCGUUACAAGAUCUACAAAAUGCUCCGAAUUCUCCAUCCUUAAGUGUUAUUCUUCAAGAGAACACAUUUAAUUGCCCAUCUAUUACACAUCAAGAAUUUUUAUUGGCUCAGCCGGGUCAGGCACCACCCGAUUCACAACAAAGUUCUUAUACAAGUUGCUUUGCCCAAAAUAGACUGAAUGUAGAUUUAAAUAGAACUUCAGAAUCUGCCAUUCACUUACAACAAAUACAAUGUGAUAAUCAAACACAAAACUACUUUACUUUUAAUGAAUGCCAUGUUAUGGUUUCAGAUUCAAACGUUGAAAAUGAUCGUGAAGCAUGUGCAAAUUCUGAUCAAGGCGAACAUUCUGCUAUUCAACAACAACGACAAAAUGUGUCAUGUUUACCGACAAGGCAUCAACAAAAUGAAGAACAUUGUAAAUAUCAUAAAGAAACUCAACCAUAUAAAUCUCCACAUAAUAUGCGAACUAAUUCUUUUGAUAUACAAAACGCACAAGUAAAAUGUAUAUCAAAAACUAACAAUUUUUCGUCUAAGUUAUCAGAACCUCCACCAUUAGUAUUUUUUAAUUCAGUUAAACGUUUGCCAUGUAAACGUAUUUUACCAUUAUUAUCAGAUCCUCCUCCUUUAGUUCCAAUAAGAAAUAAUGUAACAAAUAGUCUUCGGAAUAAAUCAAGCAACUAUGGCUCUAAUUUAAAAAAUAAUUAAAGUUAUUUCUAAAACUUGAAUCUGAAAGCAAUUGUCUUAAAGUAAUAUUGAAGAAUAGUUACAAUAUUUAAAAUUUUUAUCAUUAAAAUUCAGUUGAAUACAGCUUUAUAUGCGUCUAU